AACAAGUGGAAAUUAUAAAUGGCGAUAUCAACAGGCAUGCUGAGACACGUGAACAUCUCGAUUCAGAAUUUUCUGAAAAGAUUCAAUGCUGGUGUAGCGAAACUUUUUUCAAAAGAUGGAUUGGUGUUCGAACCAGUCCUUGCGAUUCCAGCCCUGAGAGGUUUAGAGUCCCAGAAUGAAGGAAGAGACCCUAGAAAUGAUCCCAAUUCAAUACAAGAGCUGUUUGAUGGAUUCUUGUGGGCCGUUCCAAAACACAGACGCAGCAUUCAACGCAACAGAGGUAGAAGGAGAGCUCUGGAUAAGAGAGUUUCAUACAAUACGUCUUUGGUACCUUGUGAAACAUGUGGAAAUCUUAGACAGUUUGGCUACCUUUGUGGGCAUUGUCUGGUGAAGAUCAGGGAAGAAACGAAGCAGAUUCAAGAGGAGAUGUUUGGAGAACUAGACAAGGAUGGAGUGCUUCCGGACAAAGAGAAUGUUGUUAUAUAUGAAGGAGAGACUCUUAGUGAGGAUGAUGUAAGGGACAAACACCCAAUAGAACUCAGAAAAAAGAGGCCAGCAUGGUUUAGUAAAGACCUUAUCCAAGAUUGGAAGAAAUGGUAGCCUCGUAUCAUCAACUGUUUACGACAUAUAUUGCCAUAUUAUUGGAUUAUGCAGAGGUCUCUAUGGCAGUCUGGACAAAGGAAUCUGAUCAGUAACGCAACCAGAAAGACAGAACAAUUAUGGAAUAGUAAGAUGUGUCUCUGAUAUUGACUAGUGAACAUUUGGUGAGACAGAGAACAAUCAAGAUGAGAAUGGUUUAGGUGAAGAAAUAGUUAUUCAACAAUGGCAAGUUGGGCAAUAUCAUUUUAAUUGCUAUCAAAAGAGAAGUCAGAUAGAGUAAGUUUGUAUGUCAUCCAGGACUACACCUUCAUGUUGACAAAUUUCUUGAGAUAUAUCAUGUAAACUUAACAAAACAUACUUGCUAAAUUAUCCCUACACAAACUGUCUUGUUAUAACAUUUGACGGUAAGACUGUCAAUAAAAAUAUGCAAUAACUUGAAUUAUGUAAUUUUUCCCUAUUUGCUUUGUACAUUAUGUCUACAGUCCCCAUCAACUGAUAUACAUGCAAAGUGAUGCAAUGAUAAAAAAUUGUGUCACUUAAUUUGAUACCUCAUUCUAAGAAAAUGGUCAAGAAAUAAGGCUCUGGUUAUUAAAAGUACAUGGGAUGCUUGAAUCCCAAUAAGUUUUUUGGGGUAAAAUAAGGUGGAUUUACAGGUAAGCUGUAAGGCUUAAGCCUUAUUCAGCACUCAUUGUUGUCGAUCAGCCAUGCAUUGAGUCUUUUGUUAGCCAUGAGAUAUAUUGAGAUAUACAGUACAGUGGGAAAUCUGUGAAAAAAUGGUUAAUGAAGCAUUAAUUCAACAAAACAAAACUUUGCCAUUUCGUCAUCUUUUUAUGUGAAGAACAUAUUUUGAACAUUUAGAUGUGAUUUUUCUUUUGAAAUUCAGAAUCCACCUGCUAAGUUACUUUUGAUAUCCUUACUUCUUGUAGUUUUUACGCACUAGUGCAUGAAUGAGGAAACAUGUAAGAUACACCAGAUGAAAGGGAGCCUAAGCUUUAAAAUCAUAGGUUUUUGUCUAUUGUAUUUGUACGGAGCCUUUAAGUGCCAUCGACUUGGCGAGAUACUUUAUCUUGCCAUGUCGACAUAAUAACCUUAUUAUGUUGACAUGGCGAGAGAUGUUAUCUCUGCCAAUUUGACUUAUAAAAAACUUAUAUGUCGACAUGGCGAGAUGUUAUCUCGCCAAGUCGACUUAUAAAAAGUUAUAUGUCAACAUGGCGAGAUACGGUAUCUUGCCAAGUUGACUUAUAAAACGUUAUCUGUCAACAUAGUGAGAUAUUUUAUCUUGCCAAGUCGACUUAUAGCACAUUAUAUGUCGACAUGGCAAGAUAUGAAGUGUCCAAGGCCCGGCGAGAGUCCAAAUAUCUCACCAAGUUUACAUAUAUAUAUUUAUCAGUCGACUUGGCAAGAUAAAAUAUCUCGCCAUGUUGACAUAUAUAACUUUUUAUAAGUCAACUUGGUAAGAUAACGUAUCUCGACAAGUCGAUGGCACUGUAAAGGCUCCAUUAUUUGUAAUUAAUUUAUGACAAAAUAUCAAAUUUCAUUUUUGUUUCUCUUUUUGGUGACAUGCACUUUAUUCAGAUUGUGUCAGAAAUAAAUGUCCCAUCAGUUUUAAGUAAUCUUGUCUGAAGUAUGAACAUUUAAUCAUUGAUUUAGUAUGUCCUGGUAGUUAUUCUCCCUGCAUAUUUUGGUAUCAUUGUCACAUGGAUCUUUGCAUGCGUGACUGACUAUGAGACGAUCUUCAGGUGGUCGUAAAACUCCUGACCCAUGUUUCAUGAUGUCAAUUUCACAUUAGAUUUCAGUAAUGUUAUUACUGUCCAUGUAAAAAGUGAUAUCUUGCUAUAAAAAGUUACUGAAUGAGAAUGUUUUUUAGUGGAGUAAGUGUACUGUUCUGGUCUGAAAAUGUUAAGUUACUUGAUAAUUGACUUGCUUUAUAUUAGUGGAAAGGGGAAUAACAUCAGUAUUCAGGUAGUACUUCUUGAAUUGAGUGAAACCAAAAUAAAACCUAUAAACUUUUCUUCUUGAAAUCUUGAUGAUGUGAUUAUACUGGUCAGUAGCAUGGUACACUGAUAACUUAACAGUACAGUGUAUACUAUAUGAAGACAAUACUGUGAAACUUUUAUAUUCAAAUUUGUGCUAAAAUUAUUUUCAACAGUGAGCUUCCUUGAGCUACAUCAGCCUCACCAAAUAGUUUUUUAUUUGAUCCAAGAAAGAAAGAUAGCACUGGGGUUGUUCAUAUGAGUGCAUCCCAAAUGAAAUUGGAAAUGUUUACAUGUUGCUUGAGUUGGCCCAGGCAUCCUGUUACAAUUGUAAUUCAUAUAAAUAUUCAAUUAUUAUGAGUGCGAUCAUUCUAAAUUCUACAUGAGCGUGCAAGUUAAAAGAGUCUAUUCAAGCAAGUGAAUUGGAGUCGACUGCUUCCUUUUCCAUUGAAUGUAGUAUUUGAAUGGCCGCACAAAUGACAAAACAUUGAAUGUUUGUUUUAUACAACAUUUUAAGAUGUAUGCAGAGCAGUAAUGCGGGUACCGUAUGCAGGUAGGUUGGAACCAUGGUGUAUAGGUAUGCGAUCUGCCUGCUCCCUUGCUAGACAAUGCAAUAGUCAACUAUUGCACUGGUGUUGAGUGUUGCCGUGCUAUAGCUGAUUCCUCUGAAUAUCAUGUGACACACAUCCAAUCAGCUGGCAAGGAUCUAUGUAUGUUUAAAAAUUGAUAUUUCAUACAAUAAAAUUCAUUUGUAGAAUUUCACUUAA